AUGCUGAUGCAGCAAUUGAAUGAGUGUUGUUGCUUGUGUGAGGCCGCUGUCGAACUCUGUAUGGUGGUCACGGUCGUUGGAAGGUGUUGUGUUAGUUUGGGAGGGUUCCUUAAGCAUGACGAUUCUUGGACGUGGUUGUUGUUUGCGGCGCUCACUGUGACGAAUGUAACCAGGAGCAGCACGUUCGUUAUGGCACCACGCAUCUGCAUGCGGCUCGGGAUGCCAGUGGGAAUGUGUCGGCCGAUGGUCGCCGUCAUUUUGCUCAUCCCCUCCUUUGCCGUUGUCUCUGGUCAUGUGUCCAUCAUUCUAAGCUGGCGGAGCGAGGAGUAUGGCCUCACCGCAGCAGAGACAUUGGUUCGCUUGUUCCUUCCAGUCAUCAACGUGCUAUCCACCAGCGUUUGGUUUGUGUACGUGCUCACCCCUCCCGUCAAGAAGGGCGGGAGUCCUCCGAAGCCACAGGUGGCGUCGUUCGUUCUUCGCGACGCCGAUUCGAAAUACAGGGGCUCUACGUGCGCCAUCUGUUUGGAGGAACUCUUACCCCAAUGCCUGGCAGGAAAGCUUAUGUGUGGCCAUGUCUACCAUUAUCACUGUUUGCGUAACUGGCUUGACAAGGGGCAUCAGGGUCGAUGCCCGAUGCGCUGCUCAAGUGCUGCGAGGCCUGAUCUGGGCGGGCGCAUGCUCGGGAGCGAACAGCCUGUGCUUGGCAGAGGGCUGGGCAUCGAGAUCUGA